AUGAUAUGUACCCUCUACCACGUACCCAUCGAAGAAAAAUGUGAUAUCUACUACGACGCUCUUUUCUAUUGCUGGGGCUCCCAAUCCACCUCCCGCGAUAUCGAAACCGACAAUGCGAAUUUCCCCAUCACGCCGAAUCUCCAUUCCGCACUUCGACGGUUGCGGUAUGGGGAUGUUCCCAGAAGUUCUGGGUGGAUGCGAUUUGUAUCAAUCAGGGGAGUGACGAGGAAGCGAUCCACGAACGGAAUUAUCAGGUCGGUAUUAUGAGGAAGUUCUACCGUUGCUGUGAUAGUGUAAGGGGUUGGAUAGGUGAAGAGGCGGAUGAAAGUGAUGUAGCUUUGAACCCCAUCUCACAGCUUUCUGAAGCGUAUGAUGAACAAAGUACUGCCACAAACAAGCAGGAUGCCGAGUAUGGAAAUCGAGAUUUGGGUUCCGGAGUGCUAUCAAUGUAUGAUCGUGCGUAUACUUCACUGGUCCAUCUUAUGCUAAGGGUGUACUUCCAACGCGUUCGGAUUAUACAAGAAGUAGCAUUAGCAUCAGAAGCCUUCAUUUUAUGUGGCUCUUCCUUGACCGAACCUACUUGGAAGGAACUGGAAAACGCCUUCAAUUUCGCUACGCAAAUGAGUGCACUCAGUAUCUACCGACAAUUGCUGCCUCAGAAUUUCAUAGCGUUACAGACGUCUCGCCAAGCCAUAGAUAGUAACGAUAGUAGCAACCGGAAACUCUCUUUCCUCCUUUCUCGACAUUGUCCUUCGAUGGCGACGAAUUCCCAAGACAAGAUUUAUGCCCUCUUAGGUUUGUGCGAGGAGAGGGAGUUAAGCGAGCUGGGUCUGGAUGUGGAUUACAACUUACCAAUUAAAGACCUAUUUCUAAUCACGAUGAAGAAAAUCCUGGAGAAAGACAAGAAUCUGGAUCUCCUGAGUGCCACGAUGAUAUCCGAUUCGUACCCGCUAGAGCUGGCAAAUCUCCCCUCCUGGAUUCCUGAUUAG